AUGACGUUCCACCGUUUCUAUCGUAUUGGAAAAUACCUCCAUUUAGCUGAUAAAGACACUCCAACAAGUCAUCCAUUGUACAAAAAUCAAGCAGCCCUAGACAUCUCCAAAAAAAUUCCUGAUUAUUUUCAACCUGAUAGAGACUUAUCCGUUGAUGAAGCCAUGAUGGCAUUUUAUGGGAGGCUGGGUAUAAAACAGUAUAUGCCUGCGAAGCCUAUCAAAUGGCGUAUCAAAGUGUGGGCGACUGCUGAGGCUGAGAGUGGGUAUAUGCUUCGACUCAGAGUGUACUUGGGUAAGAAGGAACCGAAGCAAAAUGAAUUGUUGUUGGAAGAGGAGGUGGUCAUGGACAUGACUGAACCUUUUGGAGGUGACAAAGUCGAGGGUGAUCUCUGGAAUGUCCUCUCAAAUUUCCAAAGUAUUGUCACCCUUGGGAGGACAGUGAUCAACUUUGCUGAGGAUAUGUUGCUUAAUUAA